GUUGAUCCAAAACAUCUAACAAUCAGAUGCAUACUAUGCACUAAGGCGGCUCUCUCAGCUAGACUCUGGUUGAUUCCAUAUUCCAAAUGGCUGCGAGAGCCGCCGCCGCCGCCAUGCCCGGCCUCCUCCUGCUCUCGUUUCUCCUUCUAGCUGCUGCUUCCGGCGCCGCCCACGAUGCAGCCAGCACGCCGCCGAUCAGCCGGAAAAGCUUCCCUGAGGGCUUCGUCUUCGGGACGGCCUCGUCGGCCUAUCAGUAUGAAGGUGGUUUUAACGAGGGGGGCAGAGGACCAAGCAUCUGGGACACCUUCACCCACCAGCACAAAGAAAAAAUCGCUGAUGGAAGCAACGGGGAUGUAGCAGUUGACUCCUACCAUCUCUACAAGGAAGAUGUGCGCCUCAUGAAGGACCUCGGGAUGGAUGCGUACAGGUUCUCCAUAUCAUGGAGCAGAAUUCUUCCAAAUGGCAGUCUGAGCGGUGGAAUUAACAGAGAAGGUGUCAAUUACUACAAUAAUCUCAUUAAUGAGCUCCUCUCCAAAGGAAUGCAACCCUAUGUGACCCUUUUCCACUGGGACACACCUCAGGCAUUAGAAGAUAAAUAUGAAGGAUUUCUUAGCCCCAAUAUUACAAUCGACUACAAGGACUAUGCUGAAGUCUGCUUCAAGGAGUUUGGUGAUCGAGUGAAGCGCUGGAUCACCUUCAACGAGCCCUGGACCUUCAGCUCAUCGGGCUACGCAGUCGGCUUUGCAGCCCCAGGUCGGUGCUCGCCAUGGGACUUUGGCAGAUGCAGUGCUGGGGAUUCAGGAAGGGAGCCUUACAUCGUGGCCCAUCACCAGCUUCUUGCACAUGCAGAAACAGUUCGGUUGUACAGAGAGAAAUACCAGCGCGUGCAAGGGGGAACGAUUGGCAUAACUCAAAUCUCGCACUGGUUUCUUCCCUACAACCGCUCCAUAACGAAUGAUGCUGCAGCGAGACGCGCCAUAGACUUCAUGUUUGGAUGGUUUAUGGACCCUCUUAUCAAAGGUAACUACCCAGCAAGCAUGAGAGGAUUGGUCGGAAAUCGCCUGCCGAAGAUUACCGAAGAGCAAUCCAAGUUGAUCAAGGGUUCGUUCGAUUUCAUUGGACUCAACUACUACACUACAAACUAUGCUUCCCCGCUCCCUCCAUCAAAUGGUCUUAACAAGACCUACAGCACUGAUUCUCAUGCGAACCUUACCGGUGUACGGAACGGCGUCCCUAUAGGCCCUCAGGGCGGUUCAUCUUGGCUCUACAUCUACCCUCAAGGGUUCCGUGAUCUGCUGCUGUAUAUCAAAAAGUACUACGGCAAUCCGCCCAUCUACAUCACUGAAAAUGAUUGAGCUCCAGUUCUCUCGGUACAUCUACGAUGGCUUUGCUAGCUCCCAAGCUUGGGGGCUGGCAUGGCACCGCCAACAACUCUGCGUGCCCUUGGUGGCUCGUCUAGCUCCCUGGCUCGGGGCUGGGUGCAACAGAGCACUCGCCAGGCCUUUUGUGCCUCAUCUAGCUCCCAAGCUUGGGGGAUGGACGCGACUUCGGUGGCUCGUCUGGUUUCCAUUCUCGGGGUUGGGCGCCGGAAACAACUAGAUGUAUCUGCAUUGAUCUAUUUAGGCCCAUGUCGAGCGCGAGGAGAUUUUUGGGAAGAUUGUGUGAUUUAGCCAUUUUUGUCGGGGAUUUUAUUUAUUGCGAGAAAAGGGGCUUUUCGAAUUUCUAGCCAAAUCACAUCAUAAAAACAAACUCACAUUGCUCUGAGUUUGCCACAACGUUUGGGAUCCUUUGUUCCCCCAAA